AUGUAUAAAAUUACACCACCUUCUCAAUAAACAUACAAAGGUCCUAAAUUAUAUUAAAGUCCAAUCACUUAAUUAUAAAAUAAUGAAACCUUAACAGAAGAUGUCUUAUAAAGUUCAUCUGAAUAAUAAAGAGAAUAACUAGAAUAAAUAUUAGAUAUCAAACCAAGUAUAAGAGAUUGUAAAUAAACAUAAAACAAUGAUAAUAAAUAAGAUUUAUGGAAUACAAUUUCAUAAAUUCAAAAAAGAAUGUAAGAACAGGAACAAAACUUAUAUAAAGUUAACAAUCAAUAACAAGAAGAAAUUGAUAAAUUAAAAACUCAAAUCAAAUAACAGAAACUAUUGUAUGAAUAAGAAAUUGAAGAAAUUAAAUACUCUUCCAGAAUUCAGAGUUAAAAACAUUAAUCUUACAAUUCUCAUACUCCCAAAAAUAAUCGUGAAUAUAGUUAUAGAAGUGUUACUAAUAAUAAUAUAGAUGAUAUAUAAGAUAACAUUUAUUUAUAAUAAUUGGUUUAGGAUUUAAGAUAACAAAUACUUACACUUACUCUAUAAUAAAAUAAUUAUUAUACUCCUAAUUAAAGUAAUGAGAAUGUCUGGGAAUAAAAGUAUAGAUAAUUAGAAAAAUAAAGAGAAACAGAAUUAUCUAUUAAGGAGUAACAUCAUAUAGAACGUAUAUGUAAUCUAGAAACAUAAUUAAAUAAUCAAAAAUAAUCAUAUGAAAAUGAAUUAUUUGCUAUUAGAAAGAUCUUAGAUGAAAAAAGUAAAGAAGACUCAAAACUAAGAAAUUAAAAUUAAUAAUUGCAAAAAGACUUAAACUCUUACAUUAAUUAAGUAAACUCUUUUUUUUAAUUAGUUUAAUUUAUUAUCAUAACAGAUUUAGUCAUUAAAUUAGUAAAUCUAGCAGUAUCAGAUUUAAAUAUAAUAAUUAUCUAAUUAAUUAUAGCAAUAAUAACCAAUUAAUAAUUAGCAUUAAUUAAUUGAACUUGCUAAUCAGCUUUAAACUUUAACAUAAAUUUUAGAAAAAAAGAAUUAGGAAUGCGAAUAUUAUAAAUAAAAAUCAUUAUAAAAUUUGUAACCUUAGUAAUAGAAUCAAUAAAUAAUAACGUAUCGUUAAGCUUUAACUCCUACUAGAUAAAAUACUGUUUAAAACACAUCUGAUUCAAUAGUCUUCCCUACUUUAAAUAAAUAAUAAGUUUUAUAGUAGUUCUAAUGA